GGGGAUUGAAGAUUGUAUUUGUUACUUUUGAUCCCUUGUAGGGUUUUCUUAGAGAUGAACAAGCUCAAGGGUAUCGUUGCUACUCUUUAUCGGCCAUCGUCAUUCAAUCGUGCUACAUCAAUGAGCUUCAGCUCGGGCGCAAAUUGUAACUCUGGUAAAUCAACAAUUCUAGGAAGGAUACAAGUGACAGACAAGGAUUUGGAAUCCGAAGAGAAUCUGAUGGAUUUGUACGAAAGGUGGAUGAGACACUACGGGAAAAUAAGAACUGACAUCGACGAGAAGAAUAGACGCUUUCAAACUUUUAAAAAGAAAGUAAUGGAUAUGAAUUUGGAACGUCAUUGUAUCCUUGGUAUGUUUUCUGAUACUAGCAGGGAAGAGUAUCCUAAUUGGCGGGGAUGCAAGCUCCCCAGUGUCGAAGCUGAGAGUGAAGGGAUGAGCUUUGAAGAAUGGCGUGCAAGAAUGUCAGAGUUUCCACAUGAGGAAACUUAUGAAGAGAUGGAGCGACGGUUGCUUGGCCGAGUUGAGUGAUAGUUUAUGAAUCUAUUAGCAUUACCAGAAGUUCAAUGUUAUGGAAGACUUCAAUAUGUAAGUAAGGAUUGUAUUUAAUGGGCCGAACUUUAUAGCCUGAGAAGUUUGUGUGAAGCAACUUAGUUUGUCAAGAUCGAUGCUUUGAUUUGGUCAUCGCAUUGUGAAUUGGGUCUAUAUUUAAUGUGGUGGAAAUGUAACUAUUUAUAUGUUGGAAAGUGUCUCUUCUGGAUUAGGAAAUUA